UCACCUGCCAUCUGGUCUUGGUCUACAAGCCAGCGCUCCAUCGUCCUUCGCCGUCGUCUCCCACGGCGCCCGCCUCUAUCUCGUGGCGCCUCCUCCCUCUGUUCUCUGCCCGAGACCCAGCUGUGUCUGCCGUUAUGGGUCUUCUCGACUUUGCCAAACAGAAAAAAGGCCCGUCAACAGCGGCGGGCCAUCGUGUCGUCCAUCUCCUCGAUCCGACCAAGAACCAGGCGCUGCAGUAUCUCCACAACGCCAUUUCGACCCGCAAAUAUAAUGCCGUCACUUUCUUGCCAAAGUUCCUCUACGAGCAGUUCUCCAAAUACGCCAACUUGUUUUUCCUGUUCGUCUCGUGCAUCCAGCAAAUCAAAGACGUCUCGCCCACCAACAGCGGCACCACCAUCGUUCCUCUUUCGAUCGUGAUUGUCUUUUCGGGCAUCAAGGAAUAUCUCGAAGACUCCAAGCGAGCCAAGCAGGACCGCGAGCUCAAUACGUGCUGGGCAUCGGUACUCUUUGGUACCUCUUUUGCCAAGAAGCAGUGGAAGGACAUUGUUGUUGGCGACAUUGUCCGGGUCGAGAACUCAGAGUACUUCCCUGCCGAUCUGGUGCUGUUGUCCUCGUCCGAGACCGAAGGUCUAUGCUAUAUCGAGACAAGCAACUUGGAUGGCGAAACCAACUUGAAGAUUAAGCAAGCGCUCCCGGAAACAGCUGGAAUCACUUCAUCGGAACAGCUGCAAAUCCUGCAAGCCGGCAUGAUCAAGUCGGAGCAGCCCAACAGCUCAUUGUACACAUACGAGGGAACCAUCACGAUCAACGGUAUCGAGUACCCCUUGAAUCCCAGCCAGCUGUUGCUUCGUGGUGCUCAGCUCCGGAACACCUCUUGGAUCUACGGAGUUGUUGUCUUCACCGGCCAUGAGACCAAACUCCUCCGAAACGCUACGGCCACACCCAUCAAGUCCACCAAGAUCGACGCUCUUGUCAAUCAGCAGAUCAUUUUCCUCUUUGGCAUUCUGAUCUUGAUCUCGCUGCUCUGUUCGACGGGCAUGUUUAUCCGAUCGAUGACUGGCGGGUUUGAGCAGUCGAUCCUGCUGCUGACUCCCGAUGCGGCAACGGCCUGGAAGAACUUUGGGCUGAACAUUCUGACUUAUAUCAUCCUGUUCAACAACCUGAUUCCGCUCAGUUUGAUCGUCACCAUGGAGCUUGUCAAAUUUAUUCUCAGCGCGCUCAUCAAUCAGGAUCUGGAUAUGUACCACGAAGCAAGCAAUACGCCUGCCAUGUCCAAGACCUCCUCUUUGAUUGAUGAGCUGGGCCAAGUGGACUACAUCUUCUCGGACAAGACUGGCACUCUGACUUGCAACAUCAUGGAGUUCCGUAUGUGCUCGAUCGGCGGUGUCGCUUAUGCCGACGUUGUUCCGGACGACAAGAUUGAAUACAUAGACUCGACCGGGCAAAAAACGUCAUACGAAAGCUUUGACCGUCUCAUCCACAAUUUGAAGGAGGAUGGCCCAAGUCGGGUUACUAUCCACGAAUUCCUGACCCUGCUUGCUGUCUGCCACACGGUCAUUCCCGAAACCUCGCAAGAGAAUCCCGACGAGGUCAUUUACCAGGCGUCCUCUCCGGAUGAAGCCGCUCUGGUCAAGGGCGCCAAAUCGCUCGGAUACAACUUUGUGACGCGCCGUCCCCGGUCUGUCGCCAUCAAUGUCGACGGUGUCGAGCAGGAAUACGAGAUCUUGAACAUUUGUGAGUUCAACUCAACCCGAAAGCGCAUGAGCGCCAUCGUCCGUGGCCCCGACGGCCGCAUCAAGCUCUACACAAAGGGCGCCGACACCGUGAUCUUCGAGCGGCUCUCCGAGAGCAAUAACGAACACUACAAAAAGACAUGCGCGCACCUCGAAGAGUAUGCUGCCGAGGGUCUCCGCACGCUCUGCAUCGCCUACCGGGUCGUCUCCCAGGACGAAUACGAGGGAUGGAACCAGCGAUUCCAGAGUGCUGCCAACACCAUCCAGAAUCGCCAAGCCGAGCUCGACCAGUGCGCAGAGGAGAUCGAGAGGGAUCUGAUCCUCCUUGGCGCCACAGCAAUUGAAGAUAAGCUGCAAGAUGGCGUCCCGGAUGCCAUCCAUACCCUCCUUGAGGCCGGCAUCAAGCUCUGGAUUCUCACCGGCGAUCGCCAGGAAACGGCCAUCAAUAUCGGCUACAGCUGCAAGCUGCUGGACGACGAGAUGCGACUGCUGAUCUGCAACAAAGACAACCAUUUUGAAACCAAGAGCUAUUUCGCCGAGACCUUGCGGUCUAUCCAGGGACUGUUGCCCCCCGAGGAGCUGGGACACGGAGAUACCGAAGGUUCCAAGUCGUUCCUGGGCUUCAAAUCCUCCAAGCGCGAGGACAAGACGGUCUCGCAGUACUCUUUGCUCCCGACAUCAUCGGCCGAUCCCAAGAAGACUUUUUUGAAGCGGACCAAGACCCGCAUGAUGUCGAAGGAUGUUCCCCGGCCCUCAGAGCCCCUGGCUCUCAUCAUUGACGGCAAGUCUCUUGGCUUUGCCCUCGAGCGCGACAUUUCGUUCGAUUUCCUGAAGCUGGCGACCAUGUGCAAGGCGGUGAUAUGCUGCAGAGUCUCACCGCUCCAGAAGGCGCUGGUAGUGCAGCUUGUCAAGAACCACGUUCGCGGCUCCGUGACGCUGGCCAUCGGCGAUGGCGCUAACGAUGUCAGCAUGAUCCAGUCAGCCCAUGUCGGCGUCGGAAUCUCGGGCAUGGAGGGCCUUCAGGCCGCUCGAGCUGCCGACUUUGCCAUUGCCCAGUUCCGCUUCCUGCGCAAGCUGCUGUUGAUUCACGGCGGAUGGGCGUAUUCGCGGCUCAGCAAGCUGAUCCUGUACAGCUUCUACAAGAACAUCACCAUGUAUUUGAUUCAGCUGUGGUUUGCUCUGGACAAUGGUUUCUCUGGCCAGACCCUUUUCGAGUCGUGGACGCAAGCCACCUACAACGUGGCCUUUGCCCUCUUUCAGCCCGUGGCCAUCGGCGUUUUUGACUGCUAUGUCAGUGCCAUGAUGCUCGACAAAUAUCCCAAGAUGUACCAACUCGGACAAAACUCGGUCUUUUAUAACCACAGCGUUUUCUUCUCGUGGUUUGUCAAUUCGAUCUUCCACUCACUCGUCAUCUACAGCCUAAUGAAGCUCGUCUACGGCGAAGGCACCAUGCUCGCCGACGGCCGCGUGGCCAACAACUGGCUGCUCGGCCAGAUGAUCUACACCACCGAUCUGAUCACCAUCACAUGGAAGGCCGCCCUGAUUGCGGAUACCUGGGUGCGAUACACUUUCCUGGCGAUCUUUGGCAGCAUUGGGCUCUGGUUCGUGCUUUUCCCGGUGUAUUCGGUGAUCGGUCCCAUGAUCGGCCUGAGCACCGAGCUCGCCGGCAUUGUGCCGCCCAUGUUUGGCAAUGCGGCCUUCUGGUUUGGCAUCGUGGUUGUGCCCAUCGCGGCCAUAUUGAGAGACUUUACAUGGAAGGCCAUUCGGCGGUUCUACUUCCCCAAGUCCUAUCAUAUCAUCCAAGAGAUGCAGCACUUCAACAAGGUCAAUCCCGAGACAUCUCGCCAACGCCUCAAGAAGGCCGUCGGGAAGGUGCGCAAUCUCAAGAGACUGGAAAUGCACUCGAGCUUUGCUUUCUCCGAGAACGAGUCGAACGGCACAGGCUUCAAGAUCAUCACGCGUGUCGACACAACAAAGCGCAAGCCCUCGGGGCUUUGAUGUCUCUGUCCAUCGCCUCGCCCUGGCGACCCUGUCGCGGGCCGGCCCACACAGUCGCAUCUCACAUCUCCCUGUGUGCGUGCUACGGUAGGCAGCAUUGGUUGCCAUAUCGGUACAUGGACUGAGUUUUCAGCUCGGUGCUAUCGCCUUAGUUGGCCUAUCGCGUGAACUGUAUUGUUAUUGGAGGGAGCUAUUUUCUCUGCCGCCCUCGUCCCGCCGAGUGCGCGGCAUAUCCCGAAUACAUGUGUUUUUGUGUACGCCUUGGAAUAUGGAUAUGCAAUGCAAUAAAAACGGGACGCCCUAUUUUUGAGUCCUGAAA